AUGGCCUCAAUCUCAGAGCUCACCAGCAUCUCCUCUGCCCUCAUUCUCCAUGGCUUGUUUGCAAAGGCGUUGGCCAGUGUCAACGUCGGGAGCCUCAUCUGCAAUAUGGGGGCUGGUGGACCUGCCCCGGCAGCUGGUGCUGCGCCAGCAGGAGGUCUUGCCCCAUCCAUCACUGCUGCCCCAGCUGAGAAGGAAGGAGAAGCAAAGAAAGAAGAAUCUGAAGAAUCUGAUGGUGACAUGGGCUUUGGUCUUUUUGACUAA